CAUUUUGAGAGAAUUUUUCAGUUUCUCAUUAUCAUGAUUACGUUAUCUUGUAAUUAUUCGUGUACAGAAUACUUUCGGUGAGUAAUGUACUAAUUAUUUUACAAAAAUUAAGGUGUAUUCGGUAUAUUUUAUAACUGGCAUUCGCAUCUGGAAUGUAAGCCAUCGUAGAAAGCUACUGAAUUCGACUCCCAUAAACCAUAUUAUUCGAGUUUAGAAUGAUUUAGUCCCAUAAUCAUCUCUUCGAUAAAUUGUGUACAUUCAAUAAUAAAAAUGUCGGCGUCAGCAAUUUAUAUUUUGGACGUAAAAGGCAAAAUGUUGAUAUCUCGUAACUAUCGAGGUGAUAUUGACAUGGCAGUGAUCGAGAAAUUCAUGCCGUUAUUGAUGGAGAAGGAAGAAGACAGCAUGAUCACACCUUUAGUCCAAACCGCCGAAUGUACGUUCGCGUACAUUAAAUACAACAACUUGUAUAUCGUUGCCACAACCAAGAAGAAUGCUAACAUCGCCUUGGUUUUCGUAUUUCUGCAUAAACUUGUUCAAGUAAUGAACGAAUAUUUCAAAGAAAUCGAAGAAGAAAGUAUUCGAGAUAAUUUCGUCGUUAUUUACGAACUAAUGGACGAACUGUUGGAUUUUGGUUAUCCUCAAACGACUGACAGUAAAAUACUACAAGAAUAUAUUACGCAAGAAGGCCAUAAAUUGGAAAUUCAACCUCGUAUACCUAUGGCUGUCACUAACGCCGUUUCGUGGCGUUCGGAAGGUAUUAAAUACAGGAAAAAUGAAGUUUUUCUCGACGUGAUCGAAUCAGUUAAUCUAUUGGCCAAUGCCAACGGAAACGUUUUACGAAGUGAAAUCGUUGGAGCGAUUAAAAUGCGAGUUUAUUUAUCCGGUAUGCCUGAAUUGAGAUUAGGAUUGAAUGAUAAAGUCUUAUUCGAAAGCACAGGACGUGGUAAAUCAAAAUCAGUCGAACUGGAAGAUGUUAAAUUUCAUCAAUGUGUUCGUUUAUCGAGAUUUGAAAAUGAUCGUACCAUUUCUUUCAUUCCACCCGAUGGAGAAUUCGAGUUGAUGUCUUAUCGAUUGAAUACCCAUGUUAAACCAUUGAUUUGGAUAGAAAGCGUAAUCGAACGUCACGCACACAGUCGCGUAGAAUACAUGAUUAAAGCCAAGUCGCAAUUUAAGCGAAGAUCUACCGCAAACAACGUCGAAGUCAUCAUUCCUGUACCUAUGGACGCAGAUUCGCCUAAAUUCAAAACUACCGUCGGUUCGGUCAAAUAUGCUCCCGAACAAAAUGCCAUCACGUGGACGAUUAAAUCUUUUCCGGGUGGUAAAGAGUACUUAAUGCGGGCUCAUUUCGGUUUACCCAGUGUCGAAUGUGAAGAAACUGAAGGCAAACCUCCUAUUCAAGUUAAAUUUGAAAUUCCAUACUUCACUACGUCCGGUAUUCAGGUAAGAUAUUUGAAAAUUAUCGAAAAAAGUGGUUAUCAAGCGUUACCUUGGGUGCGAUAUAUCACACAAAACGGAGACUACCAAUUGAGAACCAAUUAGUUUACCACUGAGGAUUCCAUUUUACGUUGCUGUUGUUUCGGCAGAUUAUUUUUAAAGUAUUACUUUAUUAAUUUAAACCUUGAUUUAAAUAUUUUUAAGUCGUAUUUUACUUUUGUUGCCUGUAAUGGCUUGUAAAAAUGUGUUUUCUAAAAUCACGAGAAGAAUAUUCUCAUUUUAAUAACAAUUUGAAUUUAAAACAA